AUGGCUCUCGAUGAAGCGCUGCAGCAGCCUUUGAACUUUACCGGUCAUCGGCAUAUGAUCUCGCGCCUCCUCCUGGCAACCCUCACCGGCCGACCCGUUCGCAUCUCGCAAAUUCGCUCUUCCUCGACCACACCCGGCUUAACACGCCAUGAGACAAACUUUAUCCGACUGCUCGAUUCGGUGACGAACGGCUCACAGGUUCAAUUCAGCAUGACGGGUACGACAUUGGUCUACAGACCCGGUCUCAUCACCGGAAGCGCCGAGGGUCUAGGAGCCAGCGGCGGCGUAAUCAGACACGAGAUACCAGCCGAGUGCAGAAAGAGGGGUGUGAGCUGGUGGCUGAUCCCACUCUGCGUUCUCGCGCCCUUCAGCAAAGGAAACAUGAACGUCGUCUUCCACGGCGAAGGCUGCGUGACAGCCUCCACAAUCGCCGGCGACGUCUCCGCCGACACCGUACGCACCGCGAUCCUCCCGCUUUACAAAAACUUCGCUAUCGAACGGAACAUCGAACUGCGCAUCCUCAAGCGCUCUUCCGCCCCCGCAGGCGGCAAGGGCGCAGGCGGUGAGGUACAACUUGUCUUCAACCACCAAGUCCGCCUGCCCAAGACACUGCACCUGCUGAACCCCGGACGAGUCAAGAAGAUAAGAGGUGUAGCCUACUGCGUCGAAGUCCCCAAGAGCAACAACGAGCGCAUGACCUUCACUGCGCGAGGCAUCCUUAACAAAUUCGUCCCAGACACGUACAUCUUCUCCGACGCCAGCGCCGCGCCCUUAAUACCUACAAACGCCAAAGGCCACUCCAGCGGAAAAGUUAAAGGCGCAGUGGGUUUCGGUAUUAGUCUCGUUGCGGAAACCAGCACGGGGUGCAUAUACUCUGCAGACGUAUGCUCACCACCCGACGGCGGCGUGCCCGCAGACGAAAUCGGCAAGCAAUGCGCAUACCAGCUUCUCGAGAAGAUAUCGCAGGGAGGAUGCGUGGAGAACGUUGCGGCGCCUACGGUACUCAUGCUCAUGGCUAUGGGUAGCGAGGAUGUGGGCAGAGUGGCGCUGGGCAAGGAUAUACUGGGCAGUGAGGAGAUUAUACAACUGGCGCGGGACUCCAAAGUCUUUGGCGGCAGCGCAUGGGGCUUUAGGGAGGCUGGAGGCGAGAGGGAGGAGAUAGUUGUUAGUGUCGUAGGAAGAGGAGUAGGCAAUGUGGGAAGAAAGGUUGCUUAG